AAUGUAUAACACAUCGUGUCGUUUUGAAAUACCACCAGACUAUUUAUUGGUUUUAAAUUAAAACAAAAGCUGUUUAACAUGAACUCCAUAUUUUGUUUAUUUUUAAUGACAACUUCAGUGUUUGGGAAUGACCCGAUCAUCGAUCUUCCAACUGGCACGAUUAGAGGGAAAGUUAUUGGGAAUAAUUGUUCCGACUACAGUUGUCCGAGUAGUUGUCCAUUUUAUUCAUACACUGAAAUUCCAUUUGGACAGCCACCUGUUGGCCCUUUAAGAUUCCAGGCUCCAAAACCCGUAAAGAGCUGGACUGGCGUUUUGGACUGUACCGAAAGCAGGAAAUUAUGCUUCAACGUUUACGGAUCUUUUCCGUACGAAACGGAAGAUUGUCUGUUGCUCAACGUUUACACGCCCGUCCCACCCUGUAUGAGAACAAAACUGCCCGUUUUGUUUCAAAUUUACGGAGGCGGAUUCAUGAACGGUGUGGCCACUUUCGACGCAUUAGGACCCCAUUAUUUCAUGCGAGAGAAUCUCGUUGUCGUCACUACGUAUUAUAGAAUCGGACCGUGGGGUUUUUUGUCAACCGGUGACAAAGUGAUACCCGGAAACGCGGGACUAAAGGACCAAUGUCUGGCUUUGAAAUGGGUACAAACCAACAUUCAUUUGUUCGGCGGUGAUCCUCGCAAAGUCACAGUGAUGGGAGUGAGUGCAGGGGCAGCUUCCGCUACCUAUCAGUUGUUGAGUAGACGAUGUGGAGGAACGUUCCGAGCGGCGAUAGCCUUAAGUGGUUCCGCUUUAAAUCCAUGGGCAUAUCAAAGACAUCACGUGGAAGUUGCUUAUCAAGUUGCAAACAACAUUAAUCCCCUGUUUCAAAGGAAUAACUCCACCAAAGAAAUGUUCACAUUCCUGCAAACGGUUUCUAAUGCGGAUUUAAAAAAUGCAUCUCUCAACAUCAGGCUUUCCUACACUGAUCAAAUGGCACAAGGAUUUUAUUUUGCUCCCGUCACGGAGGUGGACAACGAAAGUGCGUUCUUAAACAGGAAAAUGUACGGGCUUCUAGAAACAGGAUCGUUUAAUAGGGUGCCCAUUUUGAUGGGAAUUAGUUCGGAGGAAGAACUUUAUAGAUACGCAGACACGAAUAAUUUUAAAUUGUACAUGCAAACUUUCGAUUCUAAUCCACGUUUGCUGGUGCCCGAAGACAUGCACGUUACUAACGAUACUGAAAAAUUGGCUUUGGGACAAAUUAUUCGAAAGUUAUAUACCGGAGGUUUACUUGCUGACGAUCUUAUUGCCUCUGUUAAAUAUUUUAGUGAUACAUGCUUCAACAGGCCUUUAAUAAGAUACGCUCAGCUUCAGUCAACUUACACUGACGUUUAUUUUUACCAAUUUUCCUACUACGGAAAACUGAGUCGCACUACCUUUCCACAACCUGAAGGUCUCGGAAAAAGUUCCCACACUGCGGAUGCGAAUUAUCUUUGGGUAUUGAACGGAAACGACGAUUUGCUGGAUUAUCCAGAAAGUGACAUUCUAACAUCGAAGAGAUAUGUUAAAAUGUAUUCGAAUUUCGUAAAGUUCCUAAAUCCAACGCCGGAUAGAAGCGAAUUAUUACAACAAAUUAAAUGGUUAAAAAUGGAACCGGACUUCUUGAAUUAUUUGGACAUCGACUCGAAUUUGACAAUGAAAAUCAAUCCGAAGAGUGAACAUUAUUUUGAAUGGGUCCAUUUGUAUAAUAAAUAUGGAAAAAAACCGUUCGACACGUAUUAAUUAAUUAAUUAAUUGAUAAGCAGUUUUUUAAAUGUAAAUGAUAGAUUUUAUAAAGAUAAAGUUAUUUUAAGUUGAUUAUUCGUGUAUCUCUUCACAUAUUUAUUAUCUUUGAUCACAUUACUUUGGUAUUUUUAGU